AUGAAUAUCGGAUCAAAGCCGGAAUCAACUUAUUUCACGCUCGAUGUUCUCGGGCGGUAUAUUUGCAAUACAUUCGAUGAGGCACUGGCCAACUCCGAUCCUACAACUCGGGCGGCUGCCGGGUUGCCGCCGCGCAGCGAUAUGCAGCCGUUUGAUUUCAUUGUCAUCGGUGGCGGGACCUUCGGCGGUGCGCUAGCUGAGCACCUGUGGUUUCGCAGCACUGGUAGCAGCAAGCGCAUUCUCGUCCUUGAGGCUGGACCAUUCCUGAUCCCUGAGCAUCAACAGAACCUGCCAACUUUGGGGCUCGGUGGUGAGGUGUGGGGAGUGCCGUGGAAUUCGAAUGUCAGUUCCACGGGCCUAGCGUACUGCGUUGGGGGGUUAUCCAUAUGGUGGGGCGGCUGGGCAACGCGCCUACUUGAUUCAGAGACGCCUGCAAGUGUCUGGCCGCCGACGGUGCUGAAAGAGCUCAACGACAAGAAGCUGUCGAACGGAGACAACGGCUACUUUCGUCAAUCGGGUCAGCAACUGGGCGUGACAACCACCAAUGAUUUCAUAUUCGGCGAUCUGCAUGCUGCGUUGCGAGAGCAACUCUACAAGGCUCUGGACUCCCGAAAGGUCGCUGAAGCCACACCGCUGGCGUCACUGCCCGAUGCUCCACCGGUCGAAAUUCUGGACACUGCGCCCGCAUUGACUGAGCUUGCAGCUCUGCUCGGCGCCUCUUUGCCCAAUCCCUUGCCCUCCACUCCAGCUGCACUGGCGCAGCUCGAACAGGAGUUCCGCAACAAGCUCAAGCUUGAGGCGCCGCUAGCUGUGCAGGCCAGGCCCGAGCACGCCGGAUUCUUCCCAAUGAACAAGUUCAGCACCGUUCCGCUGCUUAUCAAGGCGGCGCGCGGUGCGUCUAGAGAGUCAAAUGGCGAUGACGUGCGCAAGCGGUUCAUGAUCGUGCCACGCUGUCACGUCAAACGCUUGGAUGUGAAGAGUGAGCCUGGUGGCAAACGUGUCACUGCGAUCCAGACUCAGCGCGGGGAAUUCCCUGUUGCGUCUGGUUGUAAGAUCAUCAUCGCGCAGGGCGCGAUUGAAAGCACCCGCCUGGCUCUGCUUUCGUUUGGCGAAGACGGACGCAUUGGUUCAAACCUGAUGGCACACCUGCGGUCCAAUAUCGACUUCCAGAUACCGCGCACGGCGCUCACAGGCCUGUCACCUACGAUCAAAGCCUUGCAGAGCUCUGCGCUGCUGGUUAGAGGCCAGCACAAGUUCAAGAAGCCCGACGGCACCGAUGACGGCACAGUUGGCCACUUUCACCUCCAGAUCACCGCGUCCGGUCUAGGAAAUGCCGCCAACCCGGAUUCAGAAGUCGAGCUGUUCCAGACAGUACCUGACAUGGACACUGUCAAACAGCAUCUCCUCGCUACCGAUUCGAAAAUCGUCAUCACCAUUCGUGGGAUCGGAGAGAUGCAACCCGACAAUCCGAACAGUAACGUGACUCUGGAUCUUGACCCAAACGAGGUCGACUACGGCGAGCGCAAGGCGUACGUGAACCUGAAACUCACGGUGAAGGACCAGCAGCUGUGGGAUGCUAUGGAUGCGGCCUCUGAUGAACUGGCGGUUGCUCUAGCUAACGGAGGAAAGGUUGACAUAAUCAGCCGCAACCCAACAACCCAGAUAGUGGAGAGGAAUGUUGAUGCCACGGGGCUUACGACAGCCCUGCCAUAUCGUAUACCGUCUACCGCCAACGACGCCGGUCGUCGCGACGGCUUGGGGACCACUUAUCACGAGGCGGGUACAUUACGAAUGGGGGACGAUUCAAGUAAAUCCGUUACGGACGCAAACGGAAAGUUCCAUGGUGUAAAGAACGCCUAUGCUGUCGGACUUUCGGUCUUUCCAACAGUCGGCUCGCCCAAUCCGAUGCUCACAGGGAUUGCGCUGGCACGGCGACUCGGAGAUCACCUUACCCCAAGGGGACCGACAGCUCCUCCGCCCGCAUCCAAUGCCUCAGGGAGCCCGACAGCUUCUCCACCUGCGCCGGAUACAUCGGGACCGGCGGACCAGUAA